AUGUCAACAAACACCUACUCAUCCGCUAUGUUACAAACAUAUUCUGUCCGUACCGCAGCGAAUACGUCCGCCUAUUUCUUGCCGAGAAUCAAGCCAGACAUGAAGAUUCUCGACAUUGGCUGUGGACCUGGCUCCAUCACACUUGAUCUAGCUGCACUUGUUCCCGAAGGGGCUAUUACUGGUAUUGAUUGUAACCUUACUGCAAUCGAUUCUGCCAAAGAGCUUGCCCACCGCCGAGACGUCAAAAAUGCGUCCUUUAAAGUCGCUGAUGUUUUGGAUCUUCCUUUCGAAGACGAGACAUUUGAUGUUGUCUGUGCGCAUCAGGUUUUGAUCCAUCUUCCCAAUGAAUCUUUUAAAAUCGGCGCUGUUGAAGGCCUGAAGGAGAUGAGACGCGUUUGCAAAACAGGAGGCCUAGUCUGCGCUAGAGAAUGCGAUUGGAGGAGUGCUGUGAUCCAUCCUUCAAUCCCCGAUGUGUUGGAUAGCAUGAAAUUGGUGGAAGGCUUGACUGCUUUAAACAAAACCUCGCCGUACGGCGGAAAGGCUCGGUUGUGGGCUGAGAGUGCAGGGUUCAAGCCCGCAGAUGUCGAGGCAUCUGCAGCUACGGUUUACUAUUCAAGUACUGAGGAAGUGAGAUGGUGGGGUGAGGCUAUGGCUCAACGUCUGGAACAAGGUUCUUCGCUCGCUAGGGGAGUCAAGGAGGGUCUUAUAUCUGAGAGCCAAAGAGAAAAGCUCCCUUUGGCAUGGAGAAAAUGGUCUGAACAAAGUGAUGCUCUUUUCGCUAUGACUGAUAUUCAAGUGGUCUGCAAGAGAUAG